CAGACCAAACCGGUGCGACUUCUGUGAAUUCAAUUCGUGACUAGAUGGCCUCGCGUGUGUUAUCGACGACGACACUCAUCACACCGCUGGUUAAUCUCAACAAAUCGCCGGCGGGUUUAACGGCGAGAGUUGGGGUGAGAAGAGGAAGGGUUAACGUUAGGGCUGUGAGCAAUAGUUCGCAAGGAGCCGUCGAUGGAACCGUUUACAAAGGUGUUUACGGUCCCUGGACCAUUGACCAAGCCGAUGUCAAAGAGGUUAUUUUGUACAGAUCAGGACUAGUAACUGCUGCUGCAUCUUUUGUAGCUGCUUCUUCUGCUGCAUUUUUACCAGGAGACUCUUGGUUAACUGAAACAAUCAAGCAAAACCAUGAUUUGUUUUACUUUGUUGGUGCUAGUGGUUUGGGGCUAUCUCUGUUUCUAAUUCAUAUAUAUGUUACUGAGAUUAAGAGGACUCUUCAGGCUUUAUGGGCACUUGGUUUUGUUGGUUCGUUGGCUACUUACGCAGCCCUUGCCAGACCAGCCGGUGAUAACUUGGUUCAUUAUGUCGUUGAUCAUCCGUCUGCUGUUUGGUUUGUUGGUCCCCUUUUCGCAGCUCUCACUGGGCUUGUUUUUAAAGAAGGACUUUGUUACGGAAAGCUAGAAGCUGGCCUUCUUACAUUCAUCAUACCUUCAGUUCUUCUCGGGCAUUUGAGCGGUGUGAUGAAUGAUGAGGUAAAACUGGUGUUGCUAGGAACAUGGAUGGCGCUCUUUCUAGUAUUUGCAGGAAGAAAAUUUACUCAGCCUAUUAAGGAUGAUAUCGGAGAUAAAUCUGUUUUCACGUUCAUGUCUCUUUCUGAAGAUGAGAAGAAGGCUAUAGUUGAAAAACUCGAGCAAGAAAAGUUGGGGUAAGACUCUUGAAUGAUAGUGGAAUGUUUUAAGCAUCUUCAAGAUUAGGUAAAUAUCUUGUAUCCAUAGAUUCUAUAUACCACUGAGGAGAGAUGAUGCUACUAUAAACAGUUUGUAUAUUG